AUGGCUGAUCAGAUCAACAUGGGAGGUCUUAACCUCAACGACCAGCACCCUCCGGCUGGAGGCCGCUCCUACAUUCCCCCUCACAUGCGUAACAAGAUGGGAGGCGGACCUGCUAUGCCUGGUCCUGCUGCCGGUGGCCCUCCUCCGGGUGGUGCUCCCCCUAUGAACGCCGGCAUCAACAACAGCGCCUGGGCUGGCAACGGCGGCAACUUCGAAGGACGCCCAGCCCCCGCCGGUAACUGGUCCAACGGCCCCGAUGCCUCUGGUCCUGGCUUCAAUGGUCCUCCCCGCGGCGGCGGCAACUUCAACCGUGGCGGCGGUGGUGGUCAUUUUGACCGCAACUCAUACGGCGGCGGCUCUGGUGGCGGCGGCACAGCUAGAGGCUCUGGCGACGGUCAGUGGCGCGACGGAAAGCACAUCCCCGGUCCCGCCAACCCGCGUGUUGAGCGUGAGCUUUACGGUACCCCCGAUGAUCCUUCCAAGCAGCACACCGGUAUCAACUUCGAGAAGUACGACGACAUCCCAGUCGAGGCUUCCGGACACGAUGUCCCCGAGCCCGUGCUCACGUUCACCAACCCUCCUUUGGAUGACCACCUUAUCCAGAAUAUCGGGCUCUCCCGCUACAAGAUUCCCACUCCUGUCCAGAAGUACUCGAUUCCCAUUGUCAUGGGCGGCCGCGAUCUGAUGGCUUGUGCCCAGACCGGUUCCGGAAAGACUGGUGGUUUCCUUUUCCCUAUUCUGUCCCAGGCCUUCCAAACUGGUCCUUCUGCUGUUCCCCCCCAGGCUGGCGGUGGUGGCUACGGCCGCCAGCGCAAGGCCUACCCCACUUCUCUCAUUCUCGCCCCGACUCGUGAGCUGGUCUCGCAGAUUUACGACGAGUCUCGCAAGUUUGCCUACCGCUCUUGGGUUCGCCCUUGCGUCGUCUACGGUGGUGCCGACAUUGGCUCCCAGCUCCGCCAGAUUGAGCGUGGUUGCGAUUUGCUCGUUGCCACCCCCGGUCGUCUUGUCGAUCUGAUUGAGCGUGGCCGCAUUUCGCUCCAGAACAUCAAGUACCUCGUUCUUGACGAGGCUGAUCGCAUGCUUGACAUGGGUUUCGAGCCCCAGAUUCGCCGUAUCGUCGAGGGCGAGGACAUGCCCAACGUCCAGAACCGUCAGACUCUCAUGUUCUCCGCGACCUUCCCCCGCGACAUUCAGAUGCUCGCUCGCGACUUCCUGAAGGACUACAUCUUCCUGUCCGUCGGUCGUGUUGGUUCGACUUCUGAGAACAUCACUCAGAAGGUUGAGUACGUCGAGGACAUUGACAAGCGCUCCGUUCUCCUGGAUAUCCUCCACACCCACGCUGGUGGUCUCACCUUGAUCUUCGUCGAGACGAAGCGCAUGGCAGACUCCUUGUCCGACUUCCUCAUCAACCAGAACUUCCCGGCCACAUCCAUCCACGGCGACCGCACUCAGCGCGAGCGUGAGCGUGCCCUGGAGAUGUUCCGCAACGGUCGUUGCCCCAUUCUGGUCGCCACAGCUGUUGCUGCUCGUGGUUUGGAUAUCCCCAACGUCACACACGUCGUCAACUACGAUCUGCCGACCGACAUCGACGACUACGUUCACCGCAUUGGUCGUACCGGCCGUGCUGGUAACACUGGUCACUCGACCGCCUUCUUCAACCGUGGCAACCGUGGUGUUGUCCGUGAGCUCCUUGACCUCCUCAAGGAGGCCAACCAGGAGGUUCCUGCUUUCCUCGAGACCAUUGCCCGCGAGAGCUCCUUCGGUGGCGGUGGCCGUGGUGGUCGUGGUGGCGGCGGCCGUGGCCGCGGUGCUGGUGCCAACCGCGACUUCCGUAAGGUCGGCGGUGGCGGCUUCGGAGGUCCUGGCGGCGGCGGCGGUUUCAACGGCGGUGCUCCCCAGGGAGGCGGCUUUGGCGGCGGCUACGGCGGUGCUCCCCCGAGUGGUGGCUACGGCGGCGGCUACGGCGGUGGUGGUGGCGGUGGCGGCGGCGGCUACGGCGGCGGCAGCUACGGCAACCCCAGCGGUGCCGGCCAGGCCUCCUGGUGGUAG